UAGUGUGGAUGGAUAUAUAUAUAUAUAACUCAGGAAGAUCACAAUUUGGAUUUUACUGGGCCUUUAACUAUAUUUUGUUGAACCUUUUUGUGUUUUUAGGUUCUGUGAAGGUUUGAAAACCCUUGGUGUGUUUGACCAGGUCCAGAUGUUUCCGGGGGCGUUUGUUAGUCUGUUCUGUUCCUCUCCUGACAAGCUGACUGCUGAGACCAUGUCUGCCCUCUUCACUGUUAAGUUUUCAGAACAGGAAGAGACCACAGGGAAGGAGAGUGCUGUGGUCACCUUCUGGAGACACUACCUAGUGGAGUGUGAAGUUGGCAGAUGUGCAACAUCGCUAGAGGACGUGCUCAUCUAUGCCACAUCCGCUGAUGUGGUGCCAGCCAUAGGGUUCAGCCCCAACCCCACCGUAUCCUUCCUCAACCCCCUGGACCCUGCCGGGGCCUUUCCCAAGAGCCAACCCAGCUCUAACCACCUGGUGCUGCCUGUGGUGCCAUCCUACCAAGUCUUUAAGAAGAAUAUGGAGUAUGCAGUGUGCCAGCUCACAGUGAUGCAGGCCAUUUGAUCACAGACCGUCUUGUUCUAUAUAAACACAGCUUUAACAGACUAUUACUGAACUUGAGGGACAUGUUUCAUUUGGGUUUUGGACUUCAAUUAAAAAGGGGUCACCUCAUUGACUUUUAUAGAAGAUUUAGGUAGGGUAUGUCCAUCAUGACAGAUAUGCAUUUUCCAUUAUAGGCUUCAGCUGUUGACUUUCAGGAACAAUUUUACACUAAUAAUUCAGACGGCUCAUGAUAGGUGCUACAUUUGUUUGAAUGGUAAUGUUUGUUGCUUCAUUUGGGAUUCUUAGAUUUAUUUUAUGUUGUACAUAUUGAAGUGAAUCAAUGUUUUCUGUAAAGUUAAUUAUGCUACAGUUGAUGUUUUUGUGAUUGUUUUAGCUUCUUGUGUUGGCUUUGUAUUUUAUAUUUUUAGUAACUUUACUCAUGCCAAAUAAAAUGUUUGCAUGUUAUAUA